CCAAUUUCAUCAAUCUUUCGUAAGAAGCGCUUCAAUCAUGGCCGGAGGAAAAUCCAAGUCGAAGGCCUCCAAGAAGAAGGGCAACGCCGAAGCGACGACCUCAGCGCCCCCGCUGUUUCCCUACCUGGACGGCUCUUUCCUCGAGUUCGGGUCGGAGGAAGAACUAACCCGCUUCCUCACGCACUUCGCCAAGCGGCCGAUCUGUCCGCCCUGAGUGCUCCCGGAACUAUUUCCCCAAGAGAAAGGGUACCACGACCUCGACAAUCAGCUCAAGGAGUCGGGUUUGUGGCCCUUCGUUUCCAAGAGCCGCACCUCCUUCAAUCCCGCCUAUGUCCGGCCUUCUACUCAAAUCUCCGUCGGGACGGGGACACCAUCCGCAGUAGCAUCAAUCUCUACGACUUGGAGAUUGAUUUGGCUACUUUUGCUCGGGUCGCAGGGCUGCCCACCCGCGGUGACGACAUCGCAUCAUAUGGCGGCGAUGAUUGGAUCCUCAACAACGAGGCGGUGGUCAUCCGAGAGCUGGGAAUCACCAACCUCGUCCGUCACAGCGGCGCACCGACGAUUCACUCGGCCCCACCGGAGAAGCGCCUCCUCCUCUACAUCCUCACCCGGAUCCUCCACCCCCGGGAUGGCAGCCACACCUCGCUCUUCAACGACGACUUGAGGGCAAUCCAUGCGAUCAUGCACGGCGCCUCCAUCAAUUGGGCAAAAUACGUCAUGAUUCACAUGGCUGAUUGUGCCUCCAUCACCUCCGAGCGGAGCUUGCCCUACGCCUUCCUCGUCAUGGACCUCAUCGUCUCCGCCGACAUCCACAUCGCCGGGCCAGACACGAAGAUGACGAAGCUCUGGGUCAUCGCCGACAACACCUUCAGGAAGAAGUCCGGAAACCGUAACGGCGCCGGAACGAGUCGUGCCCGUGCCACUGCGCUUGCCCCCGCUCCUGCUCCCGCUCGGGCCUCAUUGCAGUCAAUAGCUGACACUCUGAAUCGGCUAACCCUCACAGUGGAUGGCAUGGGGCAGUACUUGGAGAGGAUGGACUCGACGCUGCAACGCCAAAACCACGACUUGACGGCGUACUUCCGCGGCAUCAACUACGUCCCGCCGCCCUUUGACAGCACCUUCCUCGGCCAAAACUAUGAAGGCGAGGACGAGGAAGAUGACUCCUAUGCUCCGUCCUCCUCCCCUGACGAGGCCGACUUUGACGACGCGGUCGACGGGGAUGCCAUGGACAUCGAGGACGACGAAGAAGACGAUGACGCCGAGGACGAGGACGCCGCUGCCUAGACUCUUCUUUCUUUUCCUUCCUUACUAUGAUUGUCUUUUUUAUUUCCAUUCCGUUGUAUUCCGCAUCUCCUUUUUUAAAGAAAUAAAAGUUCACUUUUAAAAUCUAAAGUUUACUUUUAAUUCUUUUUGUUAAUGUCAAAAGGGGGAAGAUAUCAAGGUUAUGCAUAAAUUGAGGGGGAAUUG